AUGACCCCUGCCAAGAUGAUACCAGAACUGCCCGGUAUCAAAAUGCUCGACACGGACGCCUUGUCAGACUUGCUCGAAGAUAAUCUGUGUCCUCCAGAAAUUACCUCUAUCAUAAUAUUCGCAACAAAUGGUGCCAUCUUUGCUCAUGCCUCGUCGCUACCUCCGCGCCAGCUACGAAACCUUAGCGCCACUUAUGGCGCCGCAUAUCUAUCCUUCGCAGUGAAUGCCCCCGCUAGGAAUCUCACCGGUGUUAAUCCCGCCAGCCACCCCAGCUCAUUUGUGACCGCCCCAUCAGUGCCGCUUGGUGAUGUCGGAUCAAUAGUCUUCGAAUUUGAAAACUUAGCUGCCGUCGUUACCAAGAUCGCAGAUAAGGUUCUACUUGCUGUUGUCGGACCAAGUCAUGUUAUCCCUCCCCAGCAGCUGCAACAACAGCACCAUCCAUCACCCUCUAGUGGCAGUGGAGGCCGUGGGCGUGCUGUUAUUGGCUCCUCAGCGAGCGAUACCGAACGAAACACUAUUGGGCCGGAAUCCUACUCAACCGCAUUUGACAGCCCGCUUGAUCGCCAUUCCACGAGUCUUGCAUCGUCGGCCCCCAACCCGACAUCCGCGUCAUCGCCAGAAGCAGCAGCAGCAGACCGCGAACAAGCAACCACUGAGCGGCCCCCAACAUCUCCGCAAAUGGAAUCGGAUGCAGCGCUCCAGCGGCAAUGGGAAAUCGAUCGAAGCAAUGACCUAGACCGUCUUGCAAGCCUGAAUCUCGACUCAUCGCCUGCGGUAUUGCUAGCUCUAGAAUCUAAAUCUGCGGCCCUGGCAAAGUUUCUCAGCAAUAAGCUUGAGGACCUUGAGUAUCCGGAUGACUUCUGA